AUGGUCACAAAGUUCAUGCAAAGUCCUCUCACACCUCACAAAGAAGCUGCUGAUCAAUUACUACGUUAUUUAAAAGGAAUUCCAGGUCAAGGAAUCCUUUUACCAGUUUCAAAUAAUUUUCAAUUAACAGCUUAUUGUGAUUCUAAUUGGGCUAGUUGUCCAAUGACGAUAAGGUCUACAACUAGUUUCUUCAUACUCCUUGGACAAAGUCUAAUUUCACGGAAAACAAAGAAGCAAGUUACUGUUUCUUGUUCAUCUUCUGAAGCGGAAUACAGAGCAAUGACUGUAACUACUUGUGAACUUCAGUGGUUACGAUAUCUUGUUCAUGACCUUGGCAUGCCACACUCAACACCAAGUUUGCUUUAUUGUGAUAACCAAGCUGCCUUACACAUAGCUGCCAAUUCGGUUUUUCACGAGCGUACUAAACAUAUAGAACUUGAUUGUCAUGUUACUCGAGAAAAGAUCCAAGAUGGUACUAUUCGAACUGCUUAUAUUCCUUCAAUAGACCAAAUUGCAGAUGUGUUUACCAAAUAUUUAGGGAAAGAUCAAUUUCAGCGACUUAAAGGCAAGAUCUCCACACUCUAG